CUCUGCGGGACUCUGCGGGAGUCUGCGAGCUGGGUGCAGGUCUCCGCGCGUCGGGUUCAGCGCAGAGUCUCCGGCAGGCGAUCCACAUGUCGUCCCCGCAGGCCCCAGAGGAUGGGCAAGGCGGUGGCGACCCCCCCGGGGACCUUCGCAGCGUCCUGGUCACCAGCGUGCUCAACCUCGAGCCGCUGGACGAAGAUCUCUUCAGAGGAAGGCAUUACUGGAUACCCACAACCAAGCGGCUGUUUGGGGGUCAGAUCAUGGGGCAGGCCCUGGUGGCUGCAGCCAAGUCUGUGAGUGAAGACAUUCAAGUGCAUUCCCUGCACUGCUAUUUCGUCCGGGCAGGGGACCCGAAGGUGCCUGUUUUGUACCAGGUAGAGCGGACGCGAACAGGGGCGAGCUUCUCAGUGCGAUCAGUGAAGGCUGUGCAGCAUGGCAGGCCCAUCUUCAUCUGCCAGGCCUCCUUCCAGCAGGCCCAGCCCAGCCCCCUACAGCACCAGUUCUCCAUGCCCACUGUGCCCCCACCGGAAGAGCUGCCUGACUAUGAGACCCUCAUUGACCAGUGCUUAAGGGACCCUAACCUCCAAGAGAAGUACCGAGUGGGCCUGAACCGGAUUGCUGCAAAGGAUGUGCCCAUUGAGAUCAAGCUAGUAAACCCAUCCAGCCUGAGCCAGUUGCAGAACAUGGAGCCCAAACAGAUGUUCUGGGUGCGAGCCAAGGGCUAUAUUGGGGAGGGCGACAUCAAGAUGCACUGCUGCGUGGCUGCCUAUAUCUCGGACUUUGCCUUCCUGAGCACAGCGUUGCUGCCCCACCAGUGUAAGCAUAAGGUGCACUUCAUGGUCUCCUUGGACCACUCCAUGUGGUUCCACGCCCCCUUCCGAGCUGACCACUGGAUGCUCUAUGAGUGCGAGAGCCCCUGGGCUGGUGAGUGUGGGGCCACAUGGGACAAGGGCACUGGCCUUGGGGUGGCAGGGAGCCCGCUUUCUUGGGUUAUGCUGUUCCACACCCACAUUCUAUGGGGCACUGCACAGGCCACUUUCUCUCCUGCCCCCUAGGCUUUGGCAUCCUUAUCUUCAAAAUAACAGGGUGAGGCUGGAGGACAGGACACAUAAUCAGCCCUUAAUUUCUGUAACAUGCUGGGAAUAUGAUCCACUCUAUCUCAGAGACCCCAGUUCUCGUCCCAGAAACACUUCAGAAUCUCUGUAUGAUCUUGGACAAGUCCUAUCUCCUCCCUGAGCCUCAGUUUCCCCAUUUAAAUAAACAGAGUUGUGUUAGUGGAGUAGUAGCCAAACCUGGUGGCCACUUCAGGGAGCUUUUUAAAAACAGAUUUUCAGAUUCUAAGAUUCUGACUCUGCAGGUCUUGGAAGAGGUCAGGAAACUAUAAUUUUAAGAAGCCCCCUAAGUGAUUCUGCCAGUUAACCUGGUUGGCUCAGGGCACUCAACAGUUUCUAAAGGCCCCUCUGCUGGGACACUCCUCAUCAGAGACAUAGAGAAUCCCAGGCUCGUUCAUCAAUGUCUGCUGUCAGAGCCCUGGAUUCCUUUCCA